AUGGCGGUCCUAGCCGAGCUCCUUAACAGCCCCUAUGUGGUCCAGGGCGCAUAUGUCGCUCUACUCGCCGUGUUCAUCUCAGCCUUCUGGCAAGAUUUAGCAGACGAGAUUCCCCAUUUCCGGAUACCCGUCGUGGGGAGGACGUGGUAUGAUCUCUUCAACAAGAAGGCGCGGGCACGCUUCACGUCGGGCGCGCGAGAGUUGAUCCGCGAGGGAUUCGCCAAGGGUGCGGAUAUCUUUCAGGUGAUGGGGCAGAAGCCGUUGGUGGUUUUGCAUCCUAAGUUUAUCGAUGAGAUCAAGAAUCACCCCAGCUUGUCUUUUGAGGGGGCGACGGCGAAGAUGUUCUUCGAGAAUCGGAUUCCCGGGUUUGAGCCUUUUCAUCAAGGGAAUGGAAAUAAGGUGCUGGUCGAUAUGGUGCGGACUAAGUUGACUCAAUCGCUGGGCUCAUUGACCAUCCCCCUUUCGCAAGAGAGCGCCGACGUAGCGAAGGAAAUGUUUCCCCAUCCAACGGUACGCCAUGCAUCCCAAACCAAGACGAAACCCCCAAUGCUGAUCGGUAAUGCAGAAUGGGUUUCGUACAACUUUGCUGCAAAGAUCCCGUACGUCGUUGCCCGGGUCUCGACACGGGCCUUCCUGGGUCGGGAAGUCGCGCGGAACGAAGACUGGAUUGACAUCUCAGUCAACUACGCCAUCAACGCCUUCAAUGCCGCCCGCGAGCUGCGCCAGUGGCCCAGUAUCCUCCGUCCGCUCGUGCACAAUUUCCUCCCCAGCGCACAGAAGCUGCGCAAGAAUCUCGUGCUGGGCCGCUCGAUCAUCGAUAAGGAGCUGCAGCGUCGCGAGCUGAUUCGCCAGGGCAAGUUGCCGCAGGAUGAGAGUCGUCAGGUUGAUACGCUGGAUUGGAUUGAUGAGAUCUCGGAGUCGUUGAAUCGCACUGUUAAUGUUGCGCAUGCUCAGAUGGCGCUGUCGUUGGCUGCGAUUCAUACCACAUCGAACCUUUUCACGAAUAUCAUGUACGACCUGGCUGCGCACCCGGAAUUGAUGCAGCCGCUCCGUGAUGAGAUCCGGGCCGUUGUGGCUGAGGAUGGAUGCCUGAAGAAGACCAGUCUGCUGAAGUUGAAGCUGAUGGAUAGCGUGAUGAAAGAGACGCAGCGACUCAGCCCGGUGUCAAUGGUCUCCUUAAACCGCCUCGCACUAGCCGAAAUCCCCCUCUCAGACGGCACGGUGAUCCCCAAGGGCGCAACCCUCGGUGUCUCCGCACACGUCAACCACGACGAAUCAAUCUACCCGGAUGCCGGCACAUACAACGGCUACCGCUUCUACAACAAACGCCAACAACCCGGCAACGAGCAACGAUUCCAGUUCGUGACGACGACGACCGAGAGUUUCGGAUUCGGGCACGGGGUACACGCGUGUCCGGGCCGAUUCUUCGCGGCCAACGAGACCAAGAUCUUUCUGAUUCACCUGCUGCUGAAGUACGACUGGCAACUGAAGGAGGACCGCGGACGGCCGGCAAACUUUGAGCAUGGCACGGAGAUCAUCACGGACCCAACGGUUGAGCUGUUGUUCCGGUCCCGCGAGCCAGAGAUCGACCUGGCGGCGCUGGGUGAGUAG